AUGGUAAGUGAGAGUCCCAGGGCUCAGGUUUCGAGCUCAAAACUGACCAGGUUGUCCCCCCAACCAGCUCGCACCCACGGCUACGACUACAGGCUCGUCCAACCCGCCAAGUCCAGCUUGACCGGAAGCUACCCCAAAGUCCCCGCCAUCCAAGACGCACUGCACGAAUACAAAUUCGUGGUCUUCAUGGACGGCGACACGAUGUUCCCAUUCCCCCACAUCCCCUUCGAAUGGCUCAUGAAUCUCUGGGGCGUGCAAAACAACACCCUCAUCGCCAUGCCUGAAGAUGUCGAUGCUCCAUGGAGCUACGAGUCGCACGGCAACCUGAUCCUCAAUGCGGGAUUCAUCGUCGUGCAACAGUCUGAGCGUGCCCACGAGCUGAUGGAGGCGUGGGCGACCUGUCCCGACGAGACGAGAUACCCCGGCUGUGGAGAGUACCGCGAGAAAUGGCCGCUGGAGCAAUGGACGUUCUCGAAUUGGGUCCGGUAUGACUUCAAUGGCACGAACGAGGUCGUGGCUAUUCCGUGUACGGAGGCGAUGGGGUACCCCGGGGCGCCGGAGGGAGGGGGUGUCUGCCAUGGGGAGCUCAUGACGCAUUGGACAACUGCGAAGGAUUCUACGUCUGCUGGGGUGCAGAAGUCCGUGAUGCAGUAUGUGAUGCGGGAGGUGCAUCGGCAGUUUCAUCAGGAGUAUGAUGAUGUGGUUCUGGAUGAGAGGAGUGGGAAUUAG